GACAGACAUUCCUUAAUCAUGUCUUUAUUUUUAAUUGCAGGAGUAUUAUGUUAUACGAGAAUGGCUUUUGCCGGGUUGGUUGAUGUCUGUUCAGGCCUUUGUUACUUUAUCAUUUAUACUGAUUUUUAUUGUUUUGGUCAUUUUGGCCUUAACUAUUAUUCGAUUGCCAUUAAAAGCAGUAUUGCAAUAUGAAUGGUUGCUUGUUCGAAUCUCAUACUUGUGCACUGCUGUUUCUUCCCUGUUUAUGUUUUUGGCUGUAUGUAUAUUCGGAGGCUGUGCAUAUCGACGCGAAUGGUUAAUGUAUCCUAAAUUUAACGUUUUGGGAUGGUCUUAUGCUUUAGCCGUUGUAACUUUUAUUUUAUUGGGAUUAGCUGCUUUAAUACUACAUCGUGAGGCUCGCGAGGCAUAUGAGAUGAGAGGUGAACAGAAGAAUUUGGUCAUGCAAAUGGAAAUGCAAGAACCGGGCUAUCAACCACCUAGACACCAUCAGAGUCAGUCAAGAAGUUUACAUGGUUACAUAUAAACUUUUUUAUUGAAGUUUAAAUAUGAGAAACAUUCCACUUUUUUACACUUUUAUAUAAAAGUAUUUUAUUUUAAAAAGGAAAUUCGAAUUCCUCGGAUAUCUUUAAUUCCGUCCAUUUACUUUAAAACAUUUAUAUAUUUUGUUAUAAAUAUUUGCUCAUUUAAUAAUUUUUUUCAUUUUAAAUUUGACUCAACAAGUGCCUUAGAAUGGUAGUUAAUAUUUAAGUACAUACAUAUAAACAUAUUUUAUUUUAUUAAUACUUUAAUUUGUUCAAGUACAUAACGUUGUAUUGUAAUUCUUUCUUAAUAUUAACGAAGAUUUGCCGUCCAAUUACACAGGUCUCUCUCUCUCGAAUAUUUUUAUACAUUUCUAUUUUUAUAAAAUUAUAAACAAACUACAAAUACAAUUUUCAAAUAUAAAUAAAACAAAAAUGCUUUUUUAAUAUGUU